AUGUUGCUGCUAUUCUUCCCAGCUUUGUGUCUGUUGUUGGACGAGUGGUGGGCGGCUAUGCUGUCUUUGGCCAUCCGAAGGAAGUUCAAAAGCGAACUCGUGAGACGCGGACAUGUCUCUCACCUCGUACAACUGCACCUGAACGCUCCUCCACCUUCCUUCCACCUCUCACACGCGUACAACGAGCGUAGUACACUUGGUUUCAAUCUUGAGCGCCAACUAGCCAUCGGCAAACCCGUUAACCUCCGCUGGCUUUUCAACGCUAGCUCUGGCCCCGGUAGCAUAUCCGUCAAUGGUGUCGAGUUCGACAGAGCACAGGACUUGCUGCUGCUCAUGCACUACGAUCCGCCAAGCUAUCCCGGCAGCAAAGGCAUUAGGAUCUAUCCCGUACAACUAUCGCAGGCCAGUUCACCCUUCUCCUAUGGUAUAGCCAUUACCCAUCGGAAAGCGCACGAGGCCAUCGCUGUCGAAUGGGAGCCUUCUGACUACCCACCUGAAGAUCAGGAGGACGCACUUCAGCUUGAGAUGUUCCUCUGUGGCGCUCACGUCGCUCUUUUCCUUCACUGCACUCAGAAUCCACGCGUCAUCAUAUGCAACUGGAAGACCGGGAUGAAGGUAGCGAUGGUCGAUAGCUGGCAGCUGUAUACCUCAGCGAGCGUUCCGAAUGCAGUUCACCCAUCUCAUGUUACGCGUUUUGCAUGGCUAUCUCACGACGCUUUCAUGAUAGCGUCUGUUGAGCCGUACAAAGGCGAGCGACAAGACGCGUUGUACGUCUACCGUCUGGUAGGGGACUUUCACGCGCCGCUAUUGCAAAGCAUCGCGCUGGAAGUCCCGAGUUGGCACUACGAUCUACGCAAUGCGGGUUUCAACCGACAUCUUGGCAUCGUGACCGGCUCGUGGAGCGAAGAUGUCAACGCGGGAGCGCAGCCCUACGAUGCACGCAACCGCAUCACUGCUCUUACAGAUGAGGCCUGGGGAUAUUCCAGACACGGACCUCUAUACAGCAUCUACUACGUGAUAAGGAACGAUGUACUCCUGGAUGAAUACCUUGCACACCAUAGCGGGCGGGUCUUACGCUGGGAUGAAUGGUCUCGGCGUUGUGUGCAGGUAUUCCCAGGACCGAGGAGGGCUGGGCCCGCAGAUAUACAGGUGAAUGGUUCGAUGGUCAUGUCUUGCUUUCCUGGCGCCAGGGGAGCUGUACAAAUCAAGGUCAACGACUUCAAUACUGGGCGCAGAACGUCAGGCAAGCUUGUGCGGAGACACAACUGGGUCGCCGUGCAAUGCGGGAUGCUUGAGCAAGGCGGCUUGUGGACCGAUCUGGCAUAUCGAUCUGUGUUCGCGCGUUCGUACGAUCGUCGCAUAAGCUUCAUCCUCGUCUCUCGCUGUCUCUUCCAUAUCGAGUAUGGGAAUGGCUGGAGGAGCGCCGGUUGCAUGUAUCUGUAG